UCAUCACGUCGCAUGGCUGUUGCCUAGAUGAAAAAUAACCUCGGAAACAAGUGAAACUGCGAUCAGGACUAGAGUGCUAUCAGCGUGAUUUCGACUUUGCAAAAGGAUCCAUGAACGCGUCAGCAAGGACCGCAGCGGUCCGUGAACAUUCUACUGUAGCCCAUUUUAUUCGGGAGGAACACGGGGACUGCAAGUUAUUCUCCGAAAGAUUUUAUUUCGGAGUAAGUCCUCGGAUGAGCAUCGAUUCGAACAUUCUUGGACUAGUACCAUGGCGUACAUCGUCAUGGAGAGUGAACGGGUCCUCUUAAAGCUCAGCCGGAUCCGUGCCUAUAUAUUGUCACCAACUUUCGUCGCGGAUUUCACAGUCCUUUUCUCACUAUGUUGUCUCUAUCGAUCCUUACCGCUUUCGUCUUCGUGCUUCCUUUCGUUUCUGCUGCUCCUUCUGAGCUUCAGAAGCGGGUUGACACUUCGACCUACUGUGGUCAAUAUGACAGUGUCAACACCGGCACAUACACUCUUUAUCUCGACCAGUGGGGCAAAGAUAAUGCCGACUCUGGUUCAGCCUGCGCUUCGGUCACGUCGACUAGCGGUACCAACAUUGCAUGGACCACGACGUGGACCUGGAGCGGUGGUUCUGGCAUAAAGAGUUAUACCAACAUCAACGCCAACACAGGUAUCAACGUCAAGCUCAGUGCUAUUAGUAGCAUCAAGAGUGCGUGGACCUGGAGUCAAACUACCAGCGGAACCGUUGUAGCUAACGUCGCGUACGACUUGUUCACCUCUUCUACGUCUGGUGGCUCGAAUGAGUACGAGAUCAUGAUCUGGCUCGACAACAUCAACGCCGGCCCCAUCUCUUACACCUAUGGCUCCGACGGUUCGGCUACACCCAUCGUGAGCAGUGUUACUAUCGCAGGAUACACAUGGGAUUUGUAUUACGGUUCUAAUGGCUCCAACUACGUCUACUCCUUCUUGACUUCGGAUGAGAGCGCCGUCACGAGCUUCAGUGGUGACUUGAUGGACUUCUUCGAUUACCUCACCUCGAAUCAGGGACUGAGCACUUCGCAAUAUCUGACUACAGCUCAGGGUGGAACUGAGGCCACUUCGGGUUCCGCCACUCUCACGUCUUCGGCUUUCAGUAUUGUGAUCGCUUGAAAGACCAUUAUAUAAGUCUAAUCAUAAUAUAAGUGACGCUGUGCUUGCAUGAUAUUGAGAUUUGGAAUCGCCUUAGGGAGCUGACCCUCGGAAAAUCUUGUCCGGCCCCCAUUGUUAAGCCAACCAAGUCUGAAACAUUGAAAACCGAUCAACAAUGGUCCCGGCAGAGCCGACCUAGGAAAUUCGUCGGC